CCUCCACCUCCACUGCUCCCAAAGUACACUCUUCACUUCCCCGAAAAAAAAACUUUUUUUUUCUCCUCUCUCUCUCCCAGAAAAGCUCCGACGGAUAAACAUCGCCGGAGAAGAUGAUAACGGGGACGGACUUUUACCAUGUGAUGACGGCGAUGGUCCCUCUGUACGUGGCCAUGAUCCUCGCUUACGGAUCAGUGAAGUGGUGGAAGAUCUUCACUCCCGACCAAUGCUCCGGCAUCAACCGCUUCGUCGCUCUCUUCGCCGUCCCUCUUCUCUCCUUUCACUUCAUCGCCGCUAACAACCCUUACGCCAUGUCCCUCCGCUUCCUCGCCGCCGACACCCUCCAGAAGAUCAUCGUACUCUGUCUCCUCUUCCUCUGGUCCAAGCUCAGCCGCCGCCAUGGCUCCCUCGACUGGACUAUCACCCUCUUCUCUCUCUCCACUCUCCCCAACACCCUCGUCAUGGGCAUCCCCCUUCUUAAGGGCAUGUAUGGCGAUUUCUCGGGAUCUCUCAUGGUUCAGAUCGUCGUUCUUCAGUGCAUCAUCUGGUACACUCUGAUGCUCUUCUUGUUCGAGUUCCGCGGAGCGAGGCUUUUGAUCUCCGAGCAGUUCCCCGACACUGCGGGUUCCAUUGUCUCUAUCCAUGUCGACUCGGACAUCAUGUCCCUCGACGGUCGGCAACCCCUCGAAACUGAGGCUGAGAUCAAAGAAGACGGGAAGCUUCACGUCACGGUGCGCCGCUCGAACGCGUCCAGAUCGGAUAUUUUUUCCCGGCGGUCUCAGGGACUAUCCUCGGCGACUCCUCGGCCAUCGAAUCUCACCAACGCCGAGAUUUACUCUCUCCAGAGCUCUCGGAACCCGACGCCUCGUGGGUCGAGCUUUAACCACACGGAUUUCUACUCCAUGAUGGGAGCCGCCGGUGGCCGGAGCUCCAACUUUGGCCCCGGAGAUGCCGUGUUCGGUUCUCGCGGACCCACCCCUCGACCAUCGAACUUCGAGGACGAUGGGGCAAAAGGCGCCGGUGCGACGGCGGGCGGUGGCGGAGGAGGAGGAGGAGGAGCCGGGAGGUUCCAUUACCAGGCCGGCGGCGGCGGAGGAGGAGCUCAUUAUCCGGCACCGAAUCCGGGGAUGUUUUCGCCGCAGACCCUCGCCGGAGCUGCGGCGAAGGGGAAUGCUCCGGUGGCCGGAGGAAAGAGGCAGGACGCGAACGGGAGGGAUCUUCACAUGUUCGUGUGGAGCUCGAGCGCUUCGCCGGUGUCCGACGUAUUCGGCGGCGGCGGCGGCGGCAACCAUGUGGACUUCCACCACAACCACAAGGACGUGAAGAUCGCUGUCCCUCAGGGGAACCACACUGAUGACAAUCACCAGCAGUACAUGGAGAGGGAAGAGUUCAGUUUCGGAAACAGAGGAGGAGACAGCAACACAAACGAUGACAGCAAAGUUCUGGCUGCUGAUGGGAACAACAUCAGCAGCAAAACACAACAGCUGCAGCCACCUAAGGCGAUGCCCCCGACAAGUGUGAUGACCAGACUCAUUCUCAUUAUGGUUUGGAGAAAACUCAUCAGAAACCCCAACACUUACUCCAGCUUGUUCGGCAUCACCUGGUCCCUCGUCUCCUUCAAGUGGGACGUCCAAAUGCCAGCGAUAAUCGCCAAGUCCAUUUCCAUACUCUCAGAUGCAGGUCUAGGCAUGGCUAUGUUCAGUCUUGGACUGUUCAUGGCGUUGCAACCAAGAAUAAUAGCGUGUGGGAACACAAGAGCGGCCUUUGCGGCGGCGAUGAGAUUCUUGGCCGGACCGGCGAUCAUGGCCGCCGCUUCCUUCGCCGUCGGCCUCCACGGCGUCCUCCUCCGUGUCGCCAUCGUCCAGGCAGCUCUCCCCCAAGGGAUUGUACCGUUUGUCUUCGCCAAGGAGUACAAUGUGCAUCCUGACAUUCUUAGCACUGCAGUGAUAUUCGGGAUGUUAAUCGCGUUGCCGAUAACGCUGGUCUACUACAUCCUCUUGGGGAUAUGAGGUUAGGAGAGAGUGGAGGAGGAUUUGGGAUCUUUUGGCAAUAUACUCUUUUUUGGAAAAUGCAGCAAUUGGAAUCUUUCUUGAGAGGAGGAGGGUGUUGGAAAUUAGUGACAUGUCCUUUUUUUUUUUUUUUUGGUUUCAUCUUACAAUUUUAAUUGAAGAUUUGGGUAUUUUUUAUAUUAGAAGUAGGAAUCUGUAAAAUGUUGGCCCUCUUUUUUUUUUUUUAAAAAAAAAAAACUAAUUUUCAUGGCUGCCUACAAGAGAAAAGAAAAAAAGAUGGACCCAUCCUGAGUUUCAUUCAA